AGAUCCCAAGGGGGAUUAGACAACAGCCAAUCACAUAGCGCGAAUGUGUUCCGCGUGGAUGACCCACGCUCAGAGCCACGCGUCCUUCACGAAUUGACGCGGAACAAAAUGGGGGAAGACGCGGAGAGCGAUAUUGCUAUUCGUUUUGUCGACGAAAACGACUACAGAGAGAUUUCUGCUAAAGCUGUGUCAGCGAAACGGAAAUUAAAAAAGAAUCGCCCUUCCUGGCUUGUUUCUAAGCAUUGUUACGAAGCUGUGAGUUCUAGCGAAGAAGAUGAAAAAGUCAGUGGAAGUGAGGAGGAAGCUGUAACCGAAACGGAGAGUGCCAUGCAAUGAAAUAGUUUACAAGAAAACGUAGAAAGCCCCUAUUCCGAUGAUAGUCCAGCAGAUGAAGCGAAGAGGAGGAAAAGUGCAGGGAAGCCUAAACCUGCGCCU